ACGGAGGAACGAAUACAGUGUGUUCAUGUGUUCUAAGUUAUCGUGUGGUAUCAUCGAAAACUCUAGAGUCUCUAAAUUUUCACGCUUUUACAAGAAAAAUUUGAUCCUGUGAUCUAUUAUUAUAUCGUGCUACUACAAACAAACUACUUAAUAAAACUUUCGAAAGGAAGCGAACUCCACUAAUUCAGUGGAUUGUUCUCAAAACGGGAGUAAGAAAUGUCUCACACAAUAUUACUCGUACAACCAGGCAAUAGACCUGAAACAAGAACUUAUUCUGAUUAUGAAAGCGUCAAUGAAUGUAUGGAAGGGGUGUGUAAAAUUUAUGAAGAGCAUUUAAAAAGGCGGAAUCCAAAUACACCAACCAUAACAUACGACAUCAGCCAGCUAUUUGACUUUGUUGACCAACUUACAGAUUUAUCAUGUCUUGUUUAUCAAAAAUCCACAAACACAUAUGCUCCCUACAACAAGGACUGGAUUAAAGAGAAAAUAUAUGCUUUACUACGUCGAGCUGCUGGACAUAGCGAAUAAUUAAUGAAUAAAACAUAGAUAUAUGCUUUUUAUGUAUAAGAUAACUUAAGUUUAAGUAAAGAUCUAUAUUACCGUUUGUAAUAAUAAAUAUAUAAUCUAAAAAUA